CCGCAAAACACGACAAACUCUCGUUCUACCACCCAAUCUCUCUCUCUCUCUCUCUUAAUGGUAGAAGGUCAACGGGAGACUGGUGCCGCGCCACAAUCAUCAUCACUCGGGGAGACUCCAUCUCGGCGGCCGCCGGGUGAAGAGAGAGUAGGCCAGACAAUUAUCCUAAAUGACAAUGAAUCUGUUUGAUGGCUUCAGAAUGUGCCAAAUCGAAGAGGGUCUCUUUUUGGGUUCUUACGGAGAUGCUCGCAAUAGGGACAGGCUGAAGAGCUUGAAUGUCACCCACAUCUUGACGGUGGCUAACUUAGUUCCGGAAUUUCCCAAUGAUUUUGUCUAUAAAGUAGUUGAUGUCAUGGACUCCGAGGACACGGACAUCCGACAGCACUUCGAGGAGUGUAUCAGUUUCAUUGAUGAAGCUAGAAGACAGGGAGGCAGCGUACUGGUCCACUGUUUUAUGGGAAUUUCCAGAAGUGUGACUGUGGUUGCAGCUUAUCUCAUGAAGCGGCGCGGAAUGCGCUUGUCUCAAGCUCUGGAACAUGUAAAGACCAGAAGGCCUCAGGCAGCUCCUAAUAGUGGCUUCAUGGUUCAACUUCGAGAAUUUGAAAAUUCUCUAAACAGUGCCACGACCAUUUGAGCCUGAUAUCAAAUUAGCCCUUUACUCGGUUAAAACUCGAGCAAUGUUCAAAAUCCAUUCAUAAUGGAUGUCCCUUAUCUUCAUGAAUUAUUUUUAGCUAUUUUAAAUUGAAAGGAAACCCUAUUUGGACUUUAGCAGACACUUGUCAAGUGUCCUCUUUUUCGGAUGGUAAUUUCUUUAGUUCUAAUUUGUAACUUGACUGCACCUAUUUGAAGCAAGCCAUUGCCGGAA